GCCACAUUGACGUCACUUGGAGAGCCUGGCCCGGCUAGCUGUCAUUCGCGUAAAAGGGAAGGGCAUGACAUGGAGCAAAAUUUUCCGAUCUAUAUCCAAACGUGCGUCGUAACUUGUUAAAAGCCUGAAAGGAUUCUGGUCUUUGUUUGGACCAAGAACGCGUCGACUGGUUCCGACGUCCUGAGAAAGAAAAACAGAGGCUAGCUAACCGGCUAGCUAGCUUGCAACCUACUGUAACUGUUAAAAAGGUAGCUGUGACAGAAAAGCCUCCGCAUGGCGUUAAUCCUGUUUACCAGGUCCCGGGCACCUUUAAUGAAAACGUCCAGGUCUUUAAAGAGCGAAUUCAGAAAAGGGAAACUACAAGAUGGUGCCUGUUUCAACUGCACAGCGCUCAGACUCUCCAGUCAGAAACUCGAUGGGCUCAGACUCGGCAGCUUGUCCCAGGUCUCGUCCUUCAGUCCUUCCCUCCCCCUGUCAGACGUCUACGUGGGCCCCUGCCAGAGCCCAGACUCGCAGCGUCUCUACUGCGCCUUUUUGUUGGGGGCCUCCCCUUCACCGUACCCUGCAAUCACAGCUGGGGCCCAGUGGACGAUAGCACGACCGCAGGACAUCGCCGGUGUUCGGUGGAUACACACCUCCAGGAGGAGAUGGGACGACUCGAAGGUGGAGAAGUCGCUGCGUUCGUUAAAGGACAAGACGAAGAAGCUGGAGGAGGGAGGGCCGGUGUACAGCCCCACGCUGGACGCAGAACCUGUGAGAAGGACGAUCCGACAGCGGGUUCUAGACGAAAUCAAACACUACUAUCACGGCUUCAGGCUGCUGUGGAUUGACACCACCAUCGCGGGCAGAAUGCUGUGGAGGGUGCUGAACGGACAUCCGCUGUCCCGCCGCGAGAGGAGACAGUUCCUCAGAACAUGUGCUGACGUCUUCAGACUUCUUCCCUUCCUGGUGUUCAUCAUCGUCCCCUUCAUGGAGUUCCUGCUUCCUGUAGCUCUGAAACUCUUCCCCAACAUGCUGCCGUCCACCUUCGAGACACAGUCAAAGAAGGAGGAGAGAUUAAAAACGGAGCUGAGAGUCAAACUGGAGAUGGCCAAGUUCUUACAGGACACCAUCGAGGAGAUCGCUCUGAGGAACAAGGCUGCCCAGGGAAAUGUGACGGAGGAGUUCUCCACCUUCUUCCAGAAGAUUCGGGACUCUGGUGAACGUCCCAGUAAUGAGCAGAUCCUGAAGUUCUCCAAACUGUUCGAGGACGAGCUGACGCUGGACAACCUGACCCGACCUCAGCUGGUGGCUCUCUGCCGUCUCCUGGAGCUGCAGUCCAUCGGGACCAACAACUUCCUCCGCUUCCAGCUCAUCAUGAAGCUGAGAGCCAUCCGUGCAGACGACAAGCUCAUUGCGGAGGAAGGGGUGGCGAGUCUGAACGUGAACGAGGUGCAGGCGGCCUGUCGUGUCAGAGGGAUGAGAUCGCUCGGAGUUACGGAGGAACGACUGAGAGAGCAGCUCGUCCAGUGGCUGGAGCUGCACCUGAAACAGCAGAUCCCCACGUCUCUGCUGCUGCUGUCCCGAGCCAUGUACCUCCCCGACACACUUUCCCCCGCAGACCAGCUGAAGACGACCCUGCAGACGCUGCCGGAGAUGGUGACAAAGGAGGCCCAGCUGAUGGUGGCAGAGAUGGAGCUCUCCAAAGUCGACAACAAGACUAAGUUGGAGACGACACUACGGGAGGAGGAGGCGAUACGCCAGGACAACAAGGACCGGGAGAUGGAGAGACUGGCGGAUGCUGCAGAGAAAGCUGCCAGGGAGGGAGAGUUGGAGCUUGAAGCAGAGCCAAAAAAAGCUGACGCAGCUGCUCUCUCAGAGACGCUGAGGGAUACGGCGCCAGUCAUCGAAGGAAUCAAGUUUGGACAGUGGCAGACAUUCCUGCACUACCAGGGUGAGGAGAUCACCAAAGAAGAGAUCGACAUGUUGAGUGAUGCGUGCUCAAAGCUGAAGGAGCAGAAGAGGCUGUUGACUCUGGAGAAAGAAGAGUUGGAGGAACUGAAGGACGAUGUUCAGGAAUACAACGAGGAUCUGGAGGAGAUAAAGAAGGAGCUCUCUAAGACCGGCCAAGAAAAGGCGAUCGAGGAGUCAAAGGCGAGCCAGCGUCUGUCGAAGAGGGUGAACCGUAUGAUCGGUCGCAUCGACAAGAUCAUCCUGGAGCUGGAGAAGGACAAGGUGAUCCUGGACGGACAGAUGGACAGUGGUACCACCCCACCUGUCGGAUUAUUCUUUACUAAACAUAGUGAUGCCACAAGUCUGUUCUACACCUUCAGGGAGAAUCUCAUCAGCAUCGACGAGCUGAUCAGCGUCAUGCGGCAGAUCCAGAGCAUUCCAGAGCACAAGCUGCAGAGCAUCGCCGACGCUCUCGACGACAACAAGGACGGGAAGAUUGACAUCGACGACGUCAUCAAAGUGGUGGAACUGAUCGACAAGGAGGACUUGGACAUCUCCACCUCUCAGGUGGCUGACAUCAUGGUGAUGCUGCAGAAGGAGGAGAAGCUGAUGGAGAAGGAAAAGGCCAAAGAGAAGGCGGAGAAGGAAAAGGCAGCCACACUCAACAGCUAACUCACUUUCCACAAAGACAGAACAAAAUGACCACUGAGAAGUUUGUGGCUGGAACCCGGUCACAGAAAAUUCUGGACUCAGACCGAGGGAGAGUCACGAGGUAACAGCUGCCUUCUCAGGAAGUCAUUUAACAACAAAUUUAGCUCUUAAAAAAAUAGUUCAAAUAAAGAACAACAAAAAAAGAAAAGGGCACAUUGCCUUUAAAACGCACAAAAUUAGAAAGAAACUUAAAUUGUAAUUAUGUUAAACUCUUCUGGACUGAUCAUGUAUCAUAUGUUGAUAUUUGGUUUUGUGUAAUUUUACUCAGUAAUUUAUUAACAGAGGGAACACAAUGGCAUGAAACAAUGAGUUUGGAGUUGGCAAAGGAGAAAAAUUAUCAAGAAUUAUGUUUGGAAAAUAUAUUUAUCAGGAGAUUAAUUGUUUAAAGUUUGGGGUGAACUGUCUUGCCUUCUCAUUUCAUUCAUGUCAUCAUCUCGGAGAAAUGAGAGAUCAUUUCUUGACUUUGCACAGUAAAAAAAAAAAGAAUCAUGUCAUCACCAUCAUUUCUUUUCCUCUUAGAUUUUGUUUAUCCAUCAUACUCCCAUAUUGUAAAGUUAUUCUUUUGAAUUGUACUUGUGCAGGGUAGCUUAUUGCCGGCUUUAGGAUGUUAAAUGGUGGCUGCAACCAAAUAUGAAAUUACUCACAACAUAAAAAAACUAAUUAAAAACCAUCAAAUUAUGUGUACAAGUUUAAAGAUCAUAGCUUUAUGUUAAUCAUUCCCACUAAAACAAGUAAAUGGAGGAGUCUUGCUGAAGACGUGUUGGACAUUUGUCCAAAAAGCCAAGAAGUGAAGCUAGAAACAUUUACAUCAAUAGUAAAAAUUACUGUACUGUUAUUUACUUUUAUUUUCUACUUAUUUUAUAAUGAUUUUUUGUCUCGUUGUAGCACAGCUCUUCAUAUCUGUUCCUGUUGUGGUCAUUAGAUUUUCUGUAAAAUGCCAAAGUUGCACUGUGGCACAUUUAAUAAAACAACAAGAUUCUGAUAUUUCCUAAAAAAUCAGAAAGGACUGACUGAUAUUUAUGAGCAGCGAGGAUCAUAAUCAGUAUAACGAAUACUGGUCAGCUGACAACUGGUAGAGUUAUUUGUAGUCAUUAGUUUGGAGGUCGUCCAAUGAAUGUUAUGUAGUUUAUAUUGUAGACAUGAGUAGUUUAAUGACCGUGGUAAUCUUUAGCCCCAUAGUUGGAAAUGCAAAGUGGCCUUCUCAUGAUGCAGAUAUUAUGGAUCAUAAACUGUUGUGUAUUUAUUUUGGAGUGUUUUCAGAAGGUGGUAGAGUUUUGAUAUUCUUCUCACUGUGGAUUAACUUGAUGUAAUUUAGUUUUUUGGGCUGAAGACGUCUGAUGGAUGAAUUAGAGCUGUGUUUUUUUUUUUGCACCGUAGCAAUGAAUGUGUGGACGAAGUGAUGAUUUUUGUUAAUAUUUGAAUCGACUACUGACGAUACAUUCAUCCCUCUGCCUGGUGGCUUUUCUUGCAAACAGCCCGUCUGACAUCGAACCACUUCCAUAGUCAAACAAAUAAAAGGCUGAGUUGGGAAAUGUUAGUAAUCAGUUUCACAUUCAUUUUCCUCUGCAAAGCUUCGAUUGUUCUUGAAUACAAAUAGAACUUGUUCAGCAAUCAUGGAAGACAUUUAAAUUUUAUUGAAAUCUGAGUUUCUCGGCUGACGGCACACUUAAACGUCCUUACAUAAGUAAAUGAAUGACCAGACUUCUGCUGAGUUGUUGUACAUGGAAUAUCUGUUAGUUUGUGGUCGUAGAAGAGCUCAGGUGUGACCGUAGAAGACAAAGUGAAGUGGUACUUGAGAUAAUGCUGAGUGGAUGACGCUCCGUUUAAUCCGUUCCCGGAAUCUGCUGUCAGACGUGUGGAUGAUGAGGAGCUCGUCCCGGUUCAGACGCAGCUCUGCCUGACAGGCCGUGGGCUCUGCUUCGCCUGGGACCAGUCAGACUGAUGGGUGCAGGGUAAACACUCGGCCCAUACAUGGGCCACAGCCAGCUCCGCUGGAGGGUUGUGUUUAGGUUAGAGACGAUCCGGCGGGACAUGGCACGCUCUCUGCAGCAUUAAUCAUCAGUGGGUGUAAACACGUCACGGGAACGUUGUGACAACAUCUCGAUUACACUUGGCAGGAACGAGAGGUGUUUGUGUCCCCGCGCCUGACAGGUCGGACUCAGGGGAGCACUGUGUACAUUAGCAGCGCUGCCACUGUUUGUAGGCAUGGAGGGGUCAAAGGUCAGAUGUGAGGUUGGGGGGGGUUAAUGACAGGGACGUAUACCAGGAAGGCAUGUGAGGCUGAAGGAGAUCAAUACUUUAAGUCCCAGUGUAGGUUUGAACUGAGUUUGGAUUUAACAAGGUGCUGCGUCGGCCAGUCAAAUCAGUGAAGUUGCUAAAUUCUGGUAGAUUCACUUGUAAAGUCUAAGAUUUAUAGGGUGAUUUUGGCAGCUGAGGAUAAAAUGAUUGUUGCUGUGAUCAGAGAAUAAAAAGGCAUCUGUAUGAUAAUUGAUUAGUUGUUGAAAUACAUAUUUAAAAUGAUGUCAAGUAAGAGUUUAGAAUGAGAGACAUUAAUCAAAGCAAGUAUUUAAAUAUAUUUCAUAAAAGAUGCAUGAAACACAAACAAGUCCGUUAAAACCGGUACAAACAGAAUCCGGAGGGUUUAUGAUUGUGGAUUUAAAGUCGACAAACAGUAUCAGCGUUUAAAACAAACCUGAGGUGCUCAAAGGAGAUUAAUCAAUUAAUGAAACUAUGUGGAUUUAUGGAUUUGAUUGUCUCGGGGGCCUGAAACAGAGAGGCCCUUUGUGUUCUUUAACACAGUGCUGUGAUUGUUCUGAACGCCCGAAACAAAUCUGGAAAAUAUAAAAGAGCUGUUGUCGUGUCAGCAGUUGUUUUCAAUUCUGAUUAUUUUCUUAACAUCAAUCCGUAAAUAAUUUUAGAGAAUUGUGAAAAAAUGCCCUUCAAACCCUCCCGGGCGCUCACGACGACGUCAUUAAAAUGAUUUGUUUUGGGUCAUUAAAACCCCCAAAUUUAGUUCGCAGUGAUGUAAAACAGCAUUUAAACUAGUGAACGUUUGGAUUAUUGCUCGAUGAAAGACUGGAACAGUUUAUCCAGAAUCUAAAAGAUAUUUUUUAUGCAAACUGUAAAUUCUUCUUUAUAAAUUACUUAAAUAAUUUACCACUUAAAAGAAUACUUGUAUCCUCACUCAGUGUGUGCUGCUGCAGGCCCUUUACUGUCAUCAUGAGAAAGAUAUAUAUAUUUCAGCCGUACAGUCGGUGAUCUGACAUGACAGUCAUAUUUCCCUGCGUGCUACCGAGAUGUGAUUGUGAUUCAUGAAAACCUGUCAAACCAUCAGACGCGUUCAAGAAAUCCUGGAAAGAAAAUAAUUAGAUCUUGAAAUGGAGAAAAUGUUUAAGCUCUAAUGUGAACGCCACACGCCAGUCACUGAACACAGACAAAGAAAAAAAGACAGUGUUUGCUUUUAUCUCCACAAACUUCUUAUUUACAAGAACUUCUGCAGCCGUGAAUGUUUUUAUGUUUGUGCGUCCUCGACGUCUCCGGCUGCGGUGUGAGGAGCCGGGCAGCGUUCACGGCUCGCCGCUGGCAGCAGUGUUGCGCUGUGUUGUUGAAGCUGCUUCUUUAAACAGGGUCUACCUUAGAGAUGGAGGGAGUGAGAGGAGAGAUGCAGUUGGCAGCAGCAGCAUUUUGACAGCCAGCUUAAAUCAGUCGUUUGUCACUGUCAAGUCGAGCAGCCCGGAGUCGCUCCCUGCCUCGCUUUUGUUCUUUCAGCGACUUUAAUUUGAUAUUUUUCGGCAGGAGAAACGGCUGAUUUGUAAGCUCGCUGUUGUAAUUCUCUGGCUGCUUCUCUGUCGAGUGUUGCCACUGUGUAAAUGCACUAUUCAUGUUUGAUACAGUCGCUGUUGAGUUAAUGUUCAGACUCAGGGUGUGUGUGUGUGUGGAUGUGGUGCGAGCAGCUUCGGUGUUUUGCGAUACGAAAAAACCGUCCUAGAAAGAUUCCUGUUCGAGUUUGAGGAGACGAGUCGUAGCUCUCGUGUACUAGAAGAACAAAUAUUUAAAAGCAAUAAGUCAUUUAUGCAUCGUGUAACCUUUUUGAAUUUCUCUCAUUUUUGAGGUGUGUAUAAAUUGUUCAAACUAUAUUGUAACACUUAAUUUAGUAAAAAUUAUGCUAUGAUUUAAAAAAACAAAAACAAAGCAAGUGUUUGGAUUCUGCUUCUCUUCUUGAUAUCGGGCUGAUUAUUUGGGAGUUGAUGCACUUGUAGCUGACUGUUUGAACACAGAUGUACGGAUGUGUUUUUUUCCCCUUUUUUAAAAAAAAGUAUUUUGCACUAGCCCUUUUUAUCACUAGAAGAAUGCUAUUUUCUUGUAGAGCAUAUAUGAUUUUUCGCUUGAGGUGGAGGUGAGGAGACUGAAAGUUGGACCAGCAGUGUUGUCAAAGUCUGCUUGUACAGAUACAAGAGCAGCUCAGACCUCUCAGGUUCAAACUGAAAAUAAAAUGGACGCAGAGAACUAAAACUUUAACUGCAUUUUAAAUAAUAGUGCAGCCACCAUCUUUUUACACAAGAAACUUGUUGUUCAGACAGAAAAAAAGCCUGAAAUUUGUUAUUUCCAGCUUGUCCUCAUCAGAAAAACAACCAUGAAGAUUGACUGUGAAAGCAGCUUAUUUACAGUUCUCGCAAGGUGGCGCCCUCUAGUGGCCGUAGUUAUUAUUACAGCAGCAAAGGAGGAAGUCAGCAAGGAGUAGAUUCGAGAGUUGGCUUGAGGUAUUAUUAGAUAUUAUCCAGUAUUGCGAUAUUUGCCAUCAUAUGUGAUAUUUUUCACAAUAUUGAACAGCUAUCGUGGCCGCUUCAGGCUUUUAUUUUGAAAAGAAUAUGCAGGCUGAGCUGUUGUGGCAGUGGAGGCAACAUGCAUCCACACUUGGCAGAUUACUUCCAGGUAAUUGGCCUGAUUAACAUACAGAGACGGAGGAUGGAGGCCAGCUCCCAAAUUUGGUAAUAUUUUGGGUUUAAAUUGGGCUAAAACAGCAAGUCAAGGGAUUUGAAUGAGGCUCCAUGUAGUUAUUUGUCUGCACGAACACUGGAUAAAACUUUGGAUAUUGCUGUAGUUAUUUUUAGCCAAACCAAAAUGUUUUCUUGAAUUGAACCAAGUAGUUUUCUGGCCUAAACCGAACAAAACUGCAAGGAUACAACAAAAGGUCCGGUGCGGCUGCUGGCACCCUGCAGCAGUCUUUGACACAAAUUCUCCAGGCGGAAAGCAAAUCAGAUGUGCUUUCCUUUUCUGUCUGAACACACAUUUUCAACUCAAAAGUGUUUCAAAGCCUUGUGUUUUGCAGCCACAACCAGUAAACACGACAUUAAAUCCCAAACAAAGUUCUCAGAUCGACUCGAGGUUUUAAAAGAAAGUGGACAACAUAAACAGAAAUCAGGAAAAAUCUGUGUUGCAGUUUAAUCUUUGGACUCAUCUGGAUCAUAUUGGAAUGAAAAUAAUCUGAGUAAAAGUUUAUUUAUUUAUUUAUUUAAUCAAGUUUUCCAAAGGUUUUUUUUUUUUCCUUUUUAUAUUCAUCCAAAUGUGGAAACGUUCUUCAGGAAACGACCAGAACUGGAUUUCAGUUUAACUUGAAUCUCAAAUGUAUGAAAUAAGCUUCAGGUUGUUUUUUUGUUUUUUUUUGUUUUAUUUUUUUUUUAACACGAAUCAAGUGUUCAUGUAAAGAAACAUAAUUCACUAAAUGAAUCAGAAGUGUUGAAUAAAUCAUGGAUGAUCCUGGA